CUAUCAAUUAUAUCGUACGAGGAUCCUGUUGUACCCGCUGAAUGCGCGCCUUUAAGGUUGGCACCCUUUGAGAAAAAAUACUGUGAAGCUCAUGAUCAAAUUGCUGGCUUUCAUGGAUCAAAAAGGUAUAAUUUUAGUGUGUUUUUGAAGUAUAGAUGUUUAUAG